AUGGUGACUGUGGAUCCUCAACUUCCACCAUUUCCAAAUCCAAAUGAUUGCUCAAUCCACAGUAACAAGCACGAUUUGGUAUUUCCCCCAAUCCACCACGAAAACCUCCAAAUUCUCUCACCACAUUCAGACAAACACAGCCUUCAAUCACCUCCUUCCUCCUCAACCUUACCCUCACCCUCACCCUUCCAUUCUCGCAUUCGCGGCUGGACCAGUAUCGCCCUCCAGAUGUUGCGUUCAAAGCUUCCCUCUUUCACGAACAGAGGGGCAAUUUGGUCAAUGGGAGUGCCCGCUGUGGCGCUGCUAAUGUCCUGCUGGAUCAUUAUCACCAUCAGGAAGAACAGAACCCUCAGACCCAAUGAAGCUCGUCUCAUCACCAUCAUCAAGCAAAAAGAACAGAAAAUUGCCCAACUAUUGCACCAGAUUGCACAAUUGAAUGAAAUACUUAUAGAUCGUCACAAAGCUCUGGCUGCAAAAGUGGCUUAA